UGUAAACAUGUACCGGUAUGUUAGUGAGAGUGAUCGAAUGUGAUUUGGGGCUAAGAUUGUAAAGAUGGGUCAAUAAAGCCUAUUGGUUACAGAAAGGAUGUUUCUGUGUGCCCACUUUUCACGUGCGUUGGUGAGUCAGCUUCAGGCAAGAUGUCAUACAACAGCGCCACCCAUCAUGACAAUAAGAGAAGCUCGAAGUAUUCUCCUGAAGAUGGUAGGAACAUCAACAGAUUAUGGGCCCAGUUGUGUGCCCACGGUGUCGCGAGUGCGGAAGUCCCAGGAUGAGCUGGCGGACCGAGGGAUGAAGGACAGCUACUGGGAGGCCAUCAUCCCCCUGGAGACGGAUCUGACAGUGAGGGAACGUUAUAUCACUUUCCAGAAGGGUAUUCGCUUCGGGCGGAUAAUGGAAGAUCUCGAUACUCUGGCAGGAUGUAUAUGCUACACGCACUACAGUGACCCUGACGUUGACCCUGAGGACCAUGCCCCAGUAGGCAUUGUCACAGCUCUCGUAGACAGGAUAGAGCUACACAACCAUGUGGUGUCCCCUUACCAUGACAUCAAGAUGACCGGUCACCUGACAUGGGCUGGAACGUCUUCUAUGGAGGCCACUAUGAACCUCGAGCAGGAAAUAAACGACACAUGGCAGAAGAUACUCAGUGCCAGGUUCAUAAUGGUUGCAAGAGACCCAGUCACAAACAGGGCUGCUGUUGUCAACCGCCUUGUUCCAAAUGGCCCGGAGGAGGAGGCUUUGUUCAGGAAGGGAGAAGCUAGCAAGCUGCUUCGUCAAGAGGAGGCCAAGAAGAUCUUGCUGAAGACACCACCCAGUGAGGAAGAGAGUCUUAUUGUUCAUGACUUGUUUCUACAUACUAUUGACACUAAGGGAGGGACUUUCAAAGUUCGUGUCAAGCCCCCUGGUAGUGUCUGGAUGGAGAAAAGUUUGCUGAAAAACAUGAUUAUGUGCCAUCCUGAGCAAAGGAACAUCCACCACAAGAUAUUUGGAGGUUUCCUGAUGAGACAGGCGAUGGAGGUGGCGUGGACUACUGCAGCACUGUACAGCUGCAAUCGACCAGUGUUGAAGGUUGUCGAUGAUAUUGUGUUCAAGAAACCAGUGGAUAUUGGUUCACUUCUCCUGCUGUCAUCCCAGGUGGUGUACACUCACAAGUCCCUGAUGCAGAUUAAAGUUCAUGCUGAGGUUUUAGAUGUUGACACUGGAGUAAGGGAGACAACGAAUGACUUUCAUUUCACCUUUGACUCCCAGGAUGAAAACCUGCCAAGAGUGAUACCCAAAUCCUAUGCUGAGUUCAUGCUUUAUCUUGAUGGGAAAAGACAUUUUGAAAGCUGAUGAAACCGAUUGACUUGAAAUGACAGCUCCCAGACUAAUGGUACUGUGAGCCGUGGAACAUCAAGGAUUUGCUUAAAUUUCACUGUAUAGUCACCAUGAACUGUGGAGAACUCCCUCAACGCCUUCGUUCUUUGUUAAAUCUAUUUUCUGAAGCUGGACCUGAAACAGAUGAAGAUUUUCAUUAUGCUUUAAACAGUUUAUCUGUGUCCACUGCUAAGUUCAACCACAGACAAGAGUCUCUAAAUUUCCACAUCGCAUGGUAAACGUGUACUCAACCACAAUUCAACUAUAUGAUGCUAUGUAAUAUGUAUUUUGUAAAGGUAAAACAAUCAUGUGUUUUCUAAGGAAAACGAUUGUGUUACAUAUGUAAUCUGUCUAUUCUUAGUGAUCAGAAAUAUAGGUUUGCAAAUCUUUUACUGAUAUCAAAAUAUUUGCAAAACAUGGACUAUAGAAUUGAAGUAUUAGUGAUUGUAUAUGUCUUGUGAGAAACCUUCUCUUAAUGCAGUAACUAGGGAAACAGUCUCUAAAGGGAAACAACUCUCAAAAACUUGGUGAUCUAGCCAGUGCCAUUUUAGCUUUCCAACAUAUUCACCGGAUGCCGGUUACUGUCAGUGACUCAACAAACUGGAUUUCGGACCAGUUACUGAGAAUCUCGUUGUCAAUAAUAUAAGGGGAAUCUCUGUUAAUGCUUGCAGAUAAUGCUGACUUAAAUCUUUCACCUUACAUGUUCGUAUGUGGUUGUAAAUGUGUAAAUGUGCAAUUAUGUUCUUCAGUAUGCAGCAGUUAUAUGUACAUAUUAUGUUUGCAUAGUACAAUGAUAAAGUUCAGUUAUGAUGCUCAAACAGCACCAACCCUUACUUUGGAGGCAAAUUGCAUAUAACUACAGUAACAGUUGUGGUUUUUU